UAGUAGAAUUUAGGGGCGAAGAAAAAAGGCAGCUUUUAUAUUCCCCCGAUAAAGUCCUCUUGCCUUCCUAAUUCCUAAAUCCAAUCAAUCAUAUUCUCUCUCUCUUCUCUCAGAUCUCACUCUCUCUCCUCAAUGCCCACUCUCCACAAAUUCAAGUUCCUCGCCACCCAAUGCGCCGUCGCCGGCAGCCCCACCCGCAGCCCUACCACCAGCCCCAUCAUCCACCUCCGCCGCCGCAAGACCCUACGCAUGUUCCUCGCCCGCCGCCGCUUCCGUCCCCCGCCGCAAGAUCCGCCUCCCCUCCCCGACUCCGAGGCCCGCGUCCGCCACAAGCUCAAGGACCUCUUCGUCUCAUCGCCACCGCCUCCUCCCCUCAAGGACGAAAAAACAAUCUUCCACCAUCAGCAGCAGCAACAACAACAACAACAAGAUCAGCACGAAGAAUUCCUCCCUAACUCCGCCGUCAGCGUCCGGUUCCGCGCCGGAUCUCCCUUCCGGCGCGGCGCCUCCGCUCUCCGGCCGGUAUCGUCGGUCUUCCGCUACCGGUUACUGAGAAGAGCGUGGCGACCCGUGCUUGUCACCAUCCCUGAGUAGUAGAUUUUUCUCUCUACUGUUAUAACUCUGUGAAAGUAAUCAAUGCAACUAACGAUUGCCGCGUUCUGCAACGAAACGGUUAUGAUGCGACGUCGUAUUAUCAAAUUUCGUACUUUUCGUCUUCGGUGGAUAUUAUUCUUUCGGAAUCAUGGAAAUUAUUAACGAAUUAUAAUUAGUGUGUUUGAACACGAUAUAUUUAACGUGGAUUUUUCACGUUUAUUUGUAAUUUUUUUAUAGCGAAAACACUUGCUUAUGUAAAACAGUAUGAAAAUACGGAAUGAUAUUAUAUUAAAAUUUUCA